UCUGUAUUAUUAGUAUUUUAUGACAAGGAAAAAGACAAUUAUCUCGUUACAAUUUAUUUAAUUUAUUUGAAAAAAUUGAAGGUUUUAUUUUGCGUUAUCAUUCUUUUUAUGAUUACUCGUAGAUUUUUAACGUACAACACAAUGUCAAAGCUUGUGGCAUUGGAUUUUGAAGUAUUUGGAACAGUUCAAGGUGUCUUCUUCAGAAAGUAUACUCAACAAAAAGGUCAAGAGUUAGGUUUAAAAGGAUGGUGCAUGAAUACGAGCAAAGGAACCGUAGUUGGACAAUUGGAGGGUGAAGAAUCUAAAGUGGAAGAAAUGAAGCGUUGGUUGCAAUAUAAAGGAAGCCCUCAGUCAUCUAUUACCAAGGCAGUAUUCCAGAAUGAGAAAGAGAUCACGCAGCCAACCUUUACAAAUUUUGACAUCAGAAAAUAAUUGUUGAAAGUAGGAAAUUAAAAUAGUUUCAAAGUUAUCUUAUUAAUUUAAAUAAUAAUAUUUAUUCUGUUAAUAAUGCAGUAUUAUCAAUACUUUUGCUUUAAUCGCACAAUGAAAAAGAUGUUAUAAAUAAAAUAAUUAAAAUAA